GCAGCCCCCAGCCAUGGAGGCGCGGGUCGGGCUGCGUGGGGCGGGGGGAAGCUGAGGACUGGUGAGUGCCCCCCGCGGCCAGGAGCGCCGGAGGAAGGACCGCGCCGAGCCCCUGACAGGUGUCCCCGCCGUAAGUGCCCUUACGCAGUAACUCCGAGACUGACAGACGUCGCGAUCGUUCUUGCUGCGGCGAUCUUCAACGAUGAUGUUGGCAGAGCAAGCCCAGAAGUGGUUCCCAACUCACGUGCAAGUGACGGUCCUUCAAGCCAAAGGUCUGAAGCCAAAAGGUAAAAAUGGCAGCAACGAUGCCUACACCAUCAUACAGCUGGGCAAGGAGAAGUACUCCACCUCGGUGGCUGAGAAGACCCUGGAUCCCGUCUGGAAAGAGGAGGCCUCCUUCGAGCUCCCUGGAUUACUCAUGCAGGAGAAUCCAGAAAAAUACAUCCUGUGCCUGAUUGUCAUGCACAGGUCGCUGGUGGGGCUGGACAAGUUUUUGGGACAGGUGGCGAUAAGUCUGAAUGACAUAUUUGAAGACAAGCAAAGACGGAAAACAGAGUGGUUUCAUCUGGAGUCCAGACAAGGGAAGAGAACUAAAGACAGAGGAGAAAUAAAGGUCAAUAUUCAGUUUAUGAGGAAUAACAUGACAGCAAGUAUGUUUGAUUUGUCAAUGAAGGACAAAACCAAAUCCCCUUUUGCUAAACUAAAAGACAAAAUGAAAGGUCGAAAAAAUGAUGGGACGUUUUCAGAUACCUCCUCUGCAAUCAUCCCAAGUACUCACAUACCUGAUGCGAACAUAGAGGUAUGUAGUGGUGAAGUACAAAUGAAAUCAAAACCAAAAAAACCUUUCCUUUUGGGACCUCAGCGGCUAUCCUCAGCUCAUUCGAUGUCAGAUUUAACAGGAUCACAUGUCUCCUCAGAAAAAAUGAAAUCCAGCACAGUUGGCUACUCUCAUCUUUUCAGGCGUCAGCUAGACUCUUUCGGUUCAGUUGAUGAAGGUGGGAGUCUAAAAUCUCCACAUAGAAGGACAUUAAGUGUUGAUACUUCUAAAAUGAACCAGCUUGACAGCACAGUUGAUGAAACUGCACUUGAAGCACAGAAUGAUCCAUUUACCAAUGUGAGUGCUUCAUUACCCCAAAAAUUUGCUACGCUGCCAAGACAGAAGAAUCCAUUUGAAGAAAGCCCAGCAACAUGGGAUCAGAACAUAAGUCUGUUUUCCAAACCUGUCGAAAUCAGAAAAGAAAUUAAAAGAGAAAAAAAAGAGAAAGUUAGUCUUUUUGAAAGAGUGACUGGAAAAAAAGAUAGCAAGAGGUUAGAUAAACUUAGCAAUGGGGGAUCAGACGGUUCUACUGACUUGAAAUCACCUAGUGCGUUUGGUGAAACUCGUCGGGAGAGUUUUGAUUAUGAUUCGACUAAUCCGUUUAUGACAAACUUCAAGCCUACAAGCAUGUUGCCAUCUUCAAGUUUUAAUAUGAAUCCUUCUGGCAUCGAGGACCUCAGGAAAACAAUGGAUGGAAAUCCAUUUGAUGCCACUGCAGGAUAUCGUAACCUUACUUAUGAAGAGGUUUUGCAGGAGCUGGUGAAACAUAAAGAGCAACUUAAGAAGAAGGACACCCAUAUUCGUGAACUUGAGGAUUACAUUGAUAAUCUUCUCGUACGAGUAAUGGAAGAAACACCUAGUAUUCUCAGAGUGCCAUACGAACCUUCUCGAAAAGCUGGCAAAUUUUCCAAAAGCUAAGAUAGCGAUACUUAAUGGUACUUUCUGCUGAAUACAUUAGUGGAAGGAAAUCACACUUUAAUAUUUUGACUUCUCUUCAUUCCUUUUCUCCUAAGAAAUUCCAGGAAUCAGGGGAGGAUGGGACUAUGGCAUGGGGGUUUUUUUGUUUAUUUUUUACUCCAAACACUAGCAGGGACUGCCAAAAGUAAUAUUCUGUUAGAUUAUCUAAAUAACUUUUUUUUUCUCUUUGAAAACACCUUUAGGUACAGAAUACUUAGAGUAGGGUUAAUAAUACACAUUAAAAUAUGUCCAUGCAGUUUAUAUAAUAGCUUAGUAUUCACCAUGUGGCAGUUUCAACUGGGAAGCCUGUGCUGUUAUGAAUGUUUUCUUGAAUGAUUAUUGGUGUUAUGCAAAUCUAUCGAUAAUGAUAUUACAGCAUGCAUCAAGACCACUGUUUUCAAGCCAGUGUAGUAUACUUUACUAACCUGAGUGUGUUUUGUUGCAAUGGAAUGUAGUUUGUUCUACACAUAUUAGAGGAAAACAGCGGUGCACAAUCUUUGAGGAGUAAAUGCUGUAUUCUAUACAAUGUGCUUUUUGUAUAAAAAUGUAAAAAAUACCAUGCCAUUUCAGUAAUGGCACAUGCUGGAAUCAGUUAUUUUACACUUAAACGCUAAAUUUUAUGUAUAAUGAUUGAACUUUGGUAGUGAGCUCAUGACACAAGGUUGUUUUGAAGAUCUUUUUGUAUGAAGUUAUUGCAUGCCUUUUUAUGUGUUAAAGUUCUUUGAACAGUGUUAAUAGAGUCGGAGGUAGGACUGGAGAAAAGUAUGGAAUAAAGAUAUGAAUACUUUGUUCAGUCAGAGUCUGCUACAGUGAAAAUGUAGGAGAAAUGAACAGACUGAAUUAAAUAGACAUGAUAA